UCGGAGCAGAAUCGAGGACCCAAAUUGCCAUGACGGCGUCAGCCAUCGCGGUGAAGCCGUGGAAAGCAGCGUACGAAGCAAAGUUGUGGAAGCUUCUGAAAGAGUACGGCCAAAUACUGGUGAUAUCAACCGACAAUGCUGAAUCCAACCAACUUCAAAAGAUUCGAAGGGAUCUUCAUGAGGACUCUGUGAUGGUCCUGGGUAAGAAUACCUUGAAGCGGCGCACUAUAAAAAUGGAUGCUGACUCCUCUGGUAACAAGGCUUUCCUCAACCUUCUCCCACUUCUUGUCGGUAAUGUGGCGUUAAUUUUCACAAAGGCUGACUUGAAGGAGCUUAGCGAAGUGGUUGCCAAAUACGAGGUUGUUCAUCCUCAUCUCAUGUGCCCGAAGUUCAUGUCAUAUGACUCGUACCGUAAUUGUCUUUUUGUGAGAUCGAGGCAGUUACCUCUGAGCCUCAGGUGUUGUCGUCAGCUAUUUCCGGAGACAACUAAUCCUCUUCUAUUGUCUCCGAGGUUCCUUCCCCAGAAUAACUGUUUUUUGACGAGAUCAAGACAGUUUUUGAUCAUGAGUAUAUGGGCUCCCCUCCUUCAUUUUGCGGGUACAUUAUGAAAUGGAACCAUCUUCUUGCGGGUAGAUGCCUUGUACUACGACGAUGACUUCCUUGAUUUUGGUUUUCUUCUUGAAGCAUACUAACUAGACUAGUUCUGAAGAUCCCUAUAUUGGAUUCUCUCCUAUCAGGGGACGAUGGAGAUGGAAAAUUAUCUUUUCGUAAUGAUGAUUUUGUUUAGGAUGGUCGAAAAGGAUCUAGCGAUGCACCAAUCGAACCGUUGUUUUUUUUUUUUUUUUGAGGAGCAACGACAAGCCGAAGCUUGGAAACUAAAA